GCUGCGGAGCGCGGCCAGGGCGCAGCCUUCGCCAUGGCGCAGAUCCUGCAGAUGGAGAUCCCGAACUUCGGUAACAGUAUCCUCGAGUGCCUCAACGAGCAGCGGCUGCAGGGCCUGUACUGCGACGUGUCGGUCGUGGUCAAGGGGCACGCCUUCAAGGCGCACCGCGCCGUGCUGGCGGCCAGCAGCUCCUACUUCCGGGACCUGUUCAACAGCAGCCGCAGCGCCGUGGUGGAGCUGCCGGCCGCCGUGCAGCCGCAGUCGUUCCAGCAGAUCCUGAGCUUCUGCUACACGGGCCGCCUGAGCAUGAACGUGGGCGACCAGUUCCUGCUCAUGUACACGGCCGGCUUCCUGCAGAUCCAGGAGAUCAUGGAGAAAGGCACCGAGUUCUUCCUCAAGGUCAGCUCGCCCAGCUGCGACUCGCAGGGCCUGCACGCGGAGGAGGCGCCCUCGUCCGAGCCCCAGAGCCCCGUGGCGCAGACGUCCGGCUGGCCGGCCUGCAGCACGCCGCUGCCCCUCGUGUCCCGGGUCAAGACGGAGCAGCAGGAGUCGGACUCGGUGCAGUGCACGCCGGUGGCCAAGCGCCUGUGGGACGGUGGCCCCAAGGAGCUCGGGAGUGGCGGCGGCGGCGGGGGCAGCAACGGGGGCGGCAGCCGCAAGAUGGCCAAGUUCUCCGUGCCGGACCUGGCCGCCAACCGACAGGCGCAGCAGGCGCCGGUGGUGGCGGCAGCCCAGCCGGCCGGGGUGGCCGUGGCCGCGGUGGUGGGAGCUGGGCAGCCGGCCAGCGGAGCAGUGGCAGCGGCGGCAGCAGCAGCAGCAGCCGCGGCCGCCGGGGGCAUGGUGAGCGGGCCCAGCACGUCGGAGAGGACCAGCCCGGGCACGUCCAGCGCCUACACCAGUGACAGCCCCGGUUCCUAUCACAACGAGGAGGACGAGGAAGAGGACGGCGGGGAGGAGGGCUCGGACGAGCAGUACCGCCAGAUCUGCAACAUGUACACCAUGUACAGCAUGAUGAACGUGGGUCCAGCAGCCGAGAAGGUGGAGGCCCUGCCCGAACCCGUGACCCCAGAGUCCCGCAGUCGCAUCCGAGUGCGGCAAGACCUGGCGUCGCUUCCGGCCGAGCUCAUCAACCAGAUCGGUAACCGCUGCCACCCCAAGCUGUACGACGAGGGCGACCCCUCGGAGAAGCUGGAGCUGGUGACAGGUACCAACGUGUACAUCACGAGGGCGCAGCUCAUGAACUGCCACGUGAGCGCGGGCACGCGGCACAAGGUGCUGCUGCGGCGCCUCCUCGCCUCCUUCUUCGACCGGAACACGUUGGCCAACAGCUGCGGCACGGGCAUCCGUUCCUCCAGCAACGACCCCAGCCGCAAACCACUGGACAGCCGCGUCCUGCACGCCGUCAAGUACUACUGCCAGAACUUCGCCCCCAACUUCAAGGAGAGCGAAAUGAACGCCAUCGCGGCCGACAUGUGCACCAACGCGCGCCGCGUGGUGCGCAAGAGCUGGAUCCCCAAGCUGAAGCUGCUCACCGCCGAGGGCGACGCCUACACUACCUUCAUCAGCGACACGGGCAAGAUCGAACCCGACGUGAUGGGCGUGGAGCACGGCUUCGAGCCGGCCAGCCACGACAGCGAGGCGGGGCCCUCGGCCGAGGCCCUGCAGUGACCUGCCCUGGGCAAGGGGGUGGGGGGCCGCCACACUCCUCCCCCACGCACCCCGCCCCACCCAGUCCUGUCACACACACGUGUACACACACACACACACACAUCUUGGUCACGAGCUACUGUCUGUCCCCCAUCCCCAGGCCCCACAGGGGGUGCUGCAUGCUCCGCCCCUCCCCCUGCCCCCCUUUCCCCAGUGUGAGCCGGGUGGGCAGGGCCGAGUGCGGAGUGGCCUUCAGUAACACUGCUCCCCUGUCCUCACCCCCUCCAUCGGCUCCCCCCCACACCUGUCAGGGCCUGGCCCCUCACUACAGCCAGCUCCCGGGGACUGGCAGUGGGCGGAGGUGGGGGUCCAGAGGGUCUUGGGACCCUCUCCCCUGCCAGCCCGCUCACCCCUUGCCCCCGCAGUGCUUCCAUGGCUCCAAAAGCGCCUUCCUGACUCCCUCCGGGUGCCCGCGCCCCAGGGGCUGGGUGGGCGGUGAGGCCGUGGGGUCUGCAACCUUAGGGUGGCUGCAUGGGGAUGGCAGGGCCAGCGCCUUCCCUGGCCUUCACCCCCUCACCUCCACUCAGCCUCUCACACACACCCUCUUGGUCCCCCUGGAGCCUGGGGGAGGGCGAUCCUAGGUGACAGGAGGGGCCUUCGGGGCACACGGAAGGUCUCUGAAUCUGGGCGUGCGGUGUGUGCGUGUGCCCGAGUGUGUGCGUGCGCGCCUUUUUUUUUUUUUUUUUUCUUUCCAAGCGAAUGAAGGUACCAGAGGCAGUUGGACCAGGGUUGGAACCUAGGGGAGCAGGCUGGGGCAGGGGCUACUGCCCUCUUCCAUGCUCCAUCCUGCCCCUGCCCUGCCCCCCAUCACCCACCCACCCUAAAUACACCGGGGCAGGGCCCCCUGAGCCCCCACCCAUGUACAUACUUUUUAAGACAUUUUUUUAGCGAAUGAAAUAUUGAAGUAUAAGAUUUCCUUUUAUUUUUCAAACCAAGGGGAUGGCAUCUCCUGCCCCCCCACCUCCUGUCCACUCCAGGUCGGGGGGAGGCUAUGGAAGGCAGGAUCGGGGGAUGGGAGGGGCAGGCCGAAAGCGUGUGUGGGUGUUGGGGUGUGUGUGCGUGUUUGUGCCUGGCUCCGGGGGCGGGGGUCUGAGCCUCUCCCCUCCCGCCCUCCGCAAGCCACACAGCUCUGUCUUGGAGACCGCUGGCCUAGGCCAUUGGGUGAGCCGGGCUCCCGGGUCUGGGGCCGGGGCAGAACGGCUGCUCUUGGCACUUGGGGGCAGUAUUUCUCUCUCUCUCUCUCUCUCUUUCUCUCUCUCACCCUCACCCUCACCCUCUCACCAUUCCUCUUUCUUACCCAGGGCAAGUGUGUGAGUGUGUGUGUAUGAACGUGGAAAUUUUCUUCCUCCCAUCCCUCUCUUUCCCUCAGCUCCCACCCUGUGCACCCCCACCCCUGCCCUCUGGCUACCAGCAGCCAGGCUUCCCAGGCAAGGGGUUUGGUGGGGCAUGCAGGGGGGCACCCUGCAGAGAACCACCAGCCAGCUAGGGGCCCCUCCCAACACCUGCUUCCCCUUGCGAGGGUGGGCGUGGCGGCCCAGCUUGGGGUCCUUGGCACUGCGCUCUCCCAGACCCCCAGCCCAGCACCUUAGCUCCCAGGCAGCCCAAGUGUGUGUGUGGGGGGAGGGGACCCCCCUCCCGCUGAAGCACAAGCACCUUAGUCUCCCGCCCGGCCCUCCCCGCCCCAGCACCAAUCCCAAAGCACAAUAUCCUGGUCACUUGGCGUGCAGCGCUCAGGGGGCAGUGGGGGUUCCCAGGUGCGCCCCUCCUCUGGGGCCUGAGCAUGGGGGGCAGGGAGUGUGACCAGCUGUCCAGGACCAGGGGUUCUUCUCCCUCCCCACUUCUCCUGGGGUGGGGGGCUUCCUGCUGUGCCUCCCAAAGUUCCUGCUGCUCUGGGCCUGGUGGAGGAGCCCGUCUGUUCAGGGACCCCAGGGGUUGCCCCCCCAUCCCAGGCUUCCAGGCUUCCAGAACUCCCAGUGAAUUGGGGGGGGGAGGGGAAGGGCAGCGGGGCUGGGCAGGGAGGGGCAGGGGAGAGUACUCCCCACCAGGAGAGCCAAAGACAGGGUUGUGCCUUAGCCCGGGAGCCGCCCCUGUGCACCCCGCCCCCGGGGCGGCCCGCUGCCUUCCUCCCUGCCCUGCCGCUGCAUGCCCCCCUCCACGUCCCUACCCCCACCCUGGGCAGCCAGGAAGGAUUGCAGGUGAAGAAUCAUUCACGGACAUUAAAAAUUAUUGAGGGGAGACUGUGGGGCCCCUCCACCCCUCCCUGCCCCUUUCACGCGGGGCCCCUUGCCUCUGCCCCCCCGCGUGAAGUGCCAAGGCCCUCCCCGCCCUCCCCCGGGCCUGUGAGAUUGCACAUAAACUACUGUAAGGAGGAGGGGCGCUGGGAAAUGUGAACCGCGAGAGAGUAUCGGUGAUGCGAGAAUAAACUAACGCCUUUGUAACA